CAGCAAAGAUGGAAAUCUCUGCUAGUCCGCCACUCUAUAAAUAGCAGUGAGCGAACUGGGCUCACGGGUCUGCGGAGAAGAGAAGACAUCGCUAAGACAGAUUCUCUCCUCUCCUUUUCUCGUGUGCUGAUCCAAACUUGUCCCAAAAACCCAGAAGAAUGGGAAGCGCUGGUGGUGAGAGCAUCUAUGGUGAGUACACCUACGCACAGCUCGAGAGGGAGCCUUACUGGCCUUCAGAGAAGCUCCGCAUCUCCAUCACUGGUGCUGGAGGCUUCAUUGGGUCCCAUAUCGCCCGUAGACUCAAGAGUGAGGGCCACUACAUCAUUGCCUCGGACUGGAAGAAGAAUGAGCACAUGACAGAGGACAUGUUCUGCCAUGAGUUCCACCUCGUGGACCUUAGGGUUAUGGAUAACUGCCUGAAGGUCACCUCUGGCGUCGACCACGUGUUCAACCUUGCAGCUGACAUGGGAGGCAUGGGAUUCAUUCAGUCGAACCACUCUGUUAUCUUCUAUAACAACACGAUGAUCAGCUUCAACAUGCUCGAGGCUGCUAGGAUCAAUGGUGUCAAGAGGUUCUUCUAUGCUUCAAGUGCUUGCAUUUACCCUGAAUUCAAGCAGUUGGAGACCAAUGUUAGCCUGAAGGAGUCCGACGCAUGGCCUGCAGAGCCUCAAGAUGCUUAUGGGUUGGAGAAGCUCGCGACUGAGGAGCUGUGCAAGCACUACACGAAGGACUUUGGGAUUGAGUGCCGUAUUGGACGGUUCCACAACAUCUACGGACCCUUCGGUACAUGGAAGGGUGGCAGGGAGAAGGCCCCGGCUGCUUUCUGCAGAAAAGCCAUCACUUCGACCGAUAAGUUCGAGAUGUGGGGCGAUGGGCUGCAAACCCGUUCGUUCACUUUCAUUGAUGAAUGUGUUGAGGGUGUCCUCAGACUGACAAAAUCCGACUUCAGAGAGCCGGUGAAUAUUGGAAGUGAUGAGAUGGUCAGCAUGAACGGGAUGGCUGAGAUAGUCCUGAGCUUUGAGGACAAGAACCUUCCUAUCCACCACAUUCCUGGUCCAGAAGGUGUGCGUGGUCGGAAUUCUGACAACACCCUCAUCAAGGAGAAGCUUGGAUGGGCCCCCUCAAUGAAAUUGAGGGAUGGGCUGAGGUUCACCUACUUCUGGAUAAAGGAGCAGAUCGAGAAGGAGAAGGCUGAGGGCUUCGAUCUCUCAGUCUAUGGGUCAUCCAAGGUGGUGGGCACUCAAGCGCCUGUUCAGCUCGGUUCCCUCCGUGCUGCUGAUGGCAAGGAAAAGCUAUGAUAACUCGAACCAGAAGAUUUUGAGGAUCACUAGUUUGUGCCUUUGAAGAAUUUGGCUUUUGUUGUACCAUUAGCAGGUGGUUUUGAAGAUGCUACAUUGAUCGAGUUCUUUUGCACCCUCCAUUGAUGUGGCUGUACUGUUUCUUUCAUGUUGUUCGAUCUCUCCGGGUGUAGCUUUCUUUCCCAUUAUAUGCUGAAUCGCAUUGUAAUAACAGAAGAUCGAUGACUAUGAAUAAAGACGAUUCUGUUUUUCUCA